AUCAGGAACACACUGCCCUGAAUGGUAGGGCUUGUGUGUGGUGCGUUAGUGUGUGUGUGUCUGUGUGUGUGAGAGAGUGUUCUGAGUUCUUCUGUAGGUGUGUCUUUGUGUCUCCAUCUCAGGGCAAAGAGGUCAAGUGUAUAUAAAGUCAAGCCGCACUUUUUUGCUUUGAGGGGUCAGUUGCUUCUUGGUUAAUACUUGCAGGCAUACGUGGAGCUGAAGGAACUCAUGAAGGACCAGAACCAGCAGGCCUACUGGCAGGAGACAGGGCGAUGGGUGGGGUAUGAGGAGAACUAUGACCCUGAAGUGGGAGGAUGGGGUCCCUCGCACAUCUCCUACCUGACCUUCAAGAGCCUGAUCCAUCUGCACAGGAUCAUGAGCACAGGAGUAGUGCUGCUGGACCGGGAGGACCGCACCCUGGGGAACAUUGCCGAGAUCCUGGCAGAUGAGCUCGUGAGUAAGAAGGAGAUCCGCCCAAGCGACCGUGAGGGUCUGCUGAAGGCCCUGCUGCAAACUCGCAGGCAGUCCGAGCCAAAGGAGACCCAGAGCCUGGCACCUAAUUUGGAGAUGAAGACGUUCUCAGUCACAGAGAGGAGAGAUGCUUCUAACACUGUAGAAGCUUCCAUGGUCCUUGUAGGGGCCCUGGACUUCCUAGAGAAGCCGACUGCGGCCUUCAUGAGGCUGAAAGAGGCGACAGUGCUGGAAUCAGCACUCGAGGCGCCAGUGCCGGUCCGGUUUGUGUUUGUGCUGGUGGGACCCAACAGCAGCGGCAUGGACUAUCACGAGACGGGACGGGCUAUGGCUGCGUUAAUGGCUGACAGGGUAUUUAACUUGGCAGCAUUUCACGCUCAAAACAGCCAAGAGUUAAUGGACGCCGUGGCAGAGUUCAUGGACUGCAGUAUUGUGAUCCCACCAACUGAGAUCCAAAGCGAAUCCAUGCUUAGUUCUAUCAUCAGCUUCCAGAAGAAGAUCCUUCAGGAACGCCUCCGGCCUUCCAACCCCAGGCUCUCUUUUGACUUCAAAUCCCGUAGAGCUUCAAAAGUGGACGGUUCGCCACCAGAGGACCCGCUCGCACGUACGGGACGGCCAUUUGGUGGAAUGAUUAAGGACUUCAAGAGGCGCUAUCAGCACUAUGUCAGCGACAUCACGGAUGCCCUCAAUGCUCAGGUGCUAGCUGCCAUUAUCUUCAUAUACUUUGCUGCUCUUUCUCCUGCCAUCACCUUUGGAGGCCUGCUUGCUGACAAGACGGAUAAUAUGAUGGGGGUGUCCGAGCUGUUGCUCUCCACCGCUGUCCUGGGGGUCAUCUUCUGUCUCACUGCUGCCCAGCCCAUUCUGGUCAUUGGAUUCUCUGGCCCCUUGUUAGUGUUUGAGGAAGCCUUCUUUGGGUUCUGCAAGUCUCAAGGGAUCGAAUACAUCGUGGGCCGUGUAUGGGUUGGCGUGUGGCUCGUAUUCAUUGUGGUAGUGAUGGUGGCUUUCGAGGGAAGCUUUCUUGUGAGGUUCAUCUCACGCUUCACACAAGAGAUCUUCUCCAUCCUCAUAUCCCUCAUCUUCAUCUAUGAGACCUUUGCCAAGCUCAUCAAGGUUUUUAAGAAACACCCACUGGUUUUAAACUAUGAACAUCUUAAUGUCAGUGCAGAAGAUCCCUUUCAUGCUGUCAUCAAGCAUGAGCACAUGUAUGACAACUCCAGCGGCAAUGUCACCACCCUGACAGAACUCCAGGAGAGGGCAUACCCCAACACCGCUUUGCUUUCCAUGUGCCUCAUGUUUGGGUGUUUCUUCAUUGCAUAUUUCCUGAGGCAGUUCAAGAACGGACAUUUCCUGCCAGGAAAGAUUCGUCGCCUGAUUGGAGACUUUGGGGUCCCCAUUGCCAUUUUUAUUAUGGUUGUGGUCGACAUUAAUAUUCAAGAUACUUACACUCAGAAACUUGUUGUGCCCAAAGGUCUUACAGUAUCCAACCCUGAUGCCAGGGGCUGGUUCAUCAACCCAAUGGGGAUAAAGAAGGCUUUUCCUGUCUGGAUGAUGUUUGCCUGUGUGAUCCCAGCCUUACUGGUCUUCAUCCUCAUAUUCCUGGAGUCUCAGAUCACCACGCUGAUUGUGAGCAAACCCGAACGGAAGAUGGUAAAGGGUUCCGGGUUCCACCUGGACCUGCUGAUCUUAGUUAGUAUGGGGGGACUCGCUGCCAUGUUCGGACUGCCCUGGCUGAGCGCUGCCACCGUGCGUUCCGUGACCCACGCUAACGCCCUGACCGUCAUGAGUAAGGGACCCAAGCCGGAAAUUGAGAAAGUGUUGGAACAGAGAGUGAGCGGCGCAGUCGUCGCUUUGUUGGUUGGUCUGUCUAUUCUGAUGGAGCCCAUUCUGAAGAUGAUACCCAUUACAGCUUUAUUUGGAAUUUUUCUUUACAUGGGCAUCACCUCACUCAGUGGAAUCCAGCUGUGGGACCGCAUACUUCUGCUAUUCAUACCUAAAAAGUACCAUCCUCAGGAGCCAUAUGCUACCAGGGUGAAGACCAGUAGGAUGCACACGUUUACUCUGAUUCAGACAGGCUGCUUGGCACUGCUCUGGAUGGUGAAGUCCAGCCCCAUCUCGCUAGCCCUGCCCUUUGUCCUUAUCCUUACCAUUCCUUUGCGCAUGUUCAUGACAGGCUGUCUCUUCACUGAAAUGGAGAUGAAAUGUGUAAGUAUCGGUGAAGUGCGCCACUCACUUCUUCCCUCACUCCUCAUCAGACAUAUACUGAUAGGGUUACAUAUAAUAAAAGGCUUUGUUGAUCACACCGCUUUGGCAGAUAUACUUUAUGAACACUUGGCACACCCUUGUUUGUUCAAGUGGUUGUUCUUGCAUGCAGAGACAUUAAGUAAAUAAGUGUUGUC